AUGUCGACCUCCCCGAUUCAUACUCUUGACAAGAACGGACAGGAAAUCACGUCCGUCGGGUUCAAACGCUUUGGAUUCGAUAGCGAGGUGCCUCUUGAUGUGCUCCGCUCGCUUUACCUGCGCUCUCACUAUGUUCUGACCGCGUCGGACGGUAAAAUGGACGACAUCGAGUCUCAAGCCGAGGAGGAAAUUCAGCAUGCACGGUUCACCCAAGGUUUUUCUAACUAUCAGUCGAAGUCUAUCUUCCAUCCGAGCACCGGACGCAUAUCUUACACGACGUUGUCUCGAUUCCCGCCAGUCACGCUACUUCCACCUUCCGCCCGCAAGCGCAUUCUCGUGACUGGUGGCGCCGGCUUCGUGGGUUCUCAUCUAGUAGACCGUCUCAUGCUUCUCGGCCACGAAGUCACUGUUCUCGACAACUUCUUCACGGGAUCCAAGACUACCGUCAGUCACUGGAUUGGGCACCCAAACUUUGAGAUGGUUAGACAUGACGUUGUUGAACCGUUUAUGAUUGAGUGCGAUCAGAUCUACCACCUUGCCUGCCCUGCUUCUCCACCCCAUUACCAAUACAACGCUGUCAAGACCAUCAAGACCUCCUUCAUGGGGACUCUGAACAUGCUGGGGCUAGCAAAACGCACCAAGGCUCGCUUCCUGAUCAGUAGUACAUCGGAGGUAUAUGGGGAUCCCGAAGUUCAUCCCCAGACAGAGGACUACUGGGGCCACGUAAAUCCAAUCGGUCCUCGUGCAUGUUAUGAUGAAGGCAAGCGAGUUGCUGAGACUCUAACUUACGGAUUCCAACGCCAAGACGGCGUAGACGUCCGAGUUGCUCGUAUCUUCAACACCUACGGCCCACGCAUGAAUCCUUAUGACGGCCGUGUCGUCUCCAACUUCAUUGUUCAAGCUCUCAAAGGCGAGGACAUGACUGUGUACGGCGAUGGGAAACAGACGCGAUCCUUCCAAUACAUCCACGACCUUGUCGACGGCCUUAUCGCCCUUAUGAACUCGGACGAAACUCGACCUGUCAACAUAGGCAACGGAGAUGAGUUCACGAUCGGCGAAUUUGCGGAACUCGUUCGUGACAUUGUUGAGAAGGUUCAAGACCAGGACGGCGUCAAGCGCUCCCGCAAGGUUGACAUUGUUUACAAACCAAUGCCCACGGAUGACCCCCAGAAGAGGCGUCCGGAUACGACCAGAGCUAAGGAGAGCCUCGGAUGGCAGCCUCGGUGGACAGUCAGGAUGGGAUUGGAGGAGAUGGUCAGGUACUACAAAGCCAAGAUGAUCGAAGGCAGUCUUUGA